CAUACACCACAAUGUAAAUCACCAACAUUUUCAACACUCUCGUUUCAUUCUCUUUUCUUUUUCUUCUCAAUGAAAAGCAACCACUAAAGAAACUUAACACAAAAAACCAUUGGAUCAACAUGCACAAACACACCCUCUUUCUCUUUUAUGUCUUUCUCUCCACACUCACGGUUGGUUUAGCAGUGGAUCAUGCAGGAGACAAAAACCAAAACCCAUUCACUGCGAAAGCUUUUGCAAUUCGUUAUUGGGACAGAGUGAUCAAAAACAAGUUACCAAAACCAACAUUCAUCCUCAAUAAGGCAUCACCACUCAGCGCCACCGAGACCGCGGCUUUUGCGAAACACGCGGCAGCCAACACACUCUCCACAAAGUUGCCGGAGUUCUGCUCGGCUGCCCAUCUUCUUUGCUUCCCAGAAGUAACUCCAAAUCUUGCAAAACACUCUCAAGAUGGAAAAUUCUCCGUUUACAACGAUGGUCAGAAUUUCACCAACUAUGGCACAGAAAGACCUGGUGGAUUAGACUCCUUCAAGAACUACUCCAACGGCUUCGAAAACAAUCCGAUAAACGAGUUCCGGCAAUACAGCCGGAGCUCAGCCGGUCAUAACGACAGUUUCACCAACUAUGCUCUCGAAACCAAUGUUGCAGAUCAGAAUUUCAACACUUACGGCUCUGGCGCUGCCGGUGGCUCCGGCGAUUUCAAAGCAUAUGCUAAAGGCACCAACGUGCCUAACCUAAGGUUCACCACCUACUCCGUCGGCGUUGCAGGUAGGCAACAGGAGUUCACUAGCUACAGUGAAGCCGGAAACGCCGGUGAUCAGAGUUUCGGCAACUACGGAAAAGACUCCGCAGGUGCCGAAAACAAGUUCACGGCGUAUGGUACAGACUCUAAUGUUGCUUCUUCAGGUUUUUCAAGUUAUGCGGAUCAAGGUACAGGUAAUAAAGACACGUUUGUUAAUUACGGUGUUAAUAUGAAUAAUCCAACAGAAAAUUUCAAAAAUUAUGCAAGUGGAAGUUUAGGUGCUGCUGAAAAAUUCUCAAACUAUAGAGAUCAAGCCAAUGUGGGUGCCGACUCGUUUACUUCCUAUGCUAAGGACUCAACGGGUGGGACCCAUGUUGAUUUUGAUAACUAUGGUAAAUCUUUUAACGAAGGAACCGACAGUUUCAAAGGGUAUGCUAAAGGUGCUGAUGCGGAUCAUAAGAUAACAUUCAAAGGUUAUGGUGUUAAUAACACGUUUAAGGAUUACGAUAAAAAAGGUAUUUCUUUUGCUGGUUAUACUAAGAAAUCUUCUUCUUCAACAAAUUCUGUUAGUGAAAGUGUUAGUUUGGCAAAAAAAUGGGUUCAACCUGGUAAGUUUUUCCGAGAAAAGAUGUUGAAACAAGGGGUGGUUAUGCCUAUGCCGGAUAUUAAGGAUAAAUUACCGCCAAGGUCGUUUUUACCACGUACCAUUUUGACCAAAUUACCCUUUGCAUCUUCUAAGUUGAAUGAGUUGAAGCAAGUUUUUAAGGUGUCUGAGAAUUCCUCGAUGGAUAAGAUGAUAGUGGACUCAUUGGGUGAGUGUGAGAGGGCACCGAGUAUGGGUGAGACAAAGCGUUGUGUUGGUUCACUUGAGGAUAUGAUUGACUUUGCAACUUCAGUUUUGGGCCAUGAUGUAACUGUUCGAUCAACUGAGAGUGUAAAUGGAUCGGGCAAAAAUGUCAUGGUUGGAAGGGUUAAAGGGAUCAAUGGGGGUAAAGUUACUGAAUCUGUGUCAUGUCACCAAAGUUUGUUUCCUUAUUUGCUAUACUAUUGCCACUCGGUUCCAAAGGUUCGUGUUUAUGAAGCAGAUCUUUUAGAUCCUGAGUCUAAGGUGAAGAUAAAUCAUGGUGUUGCUAUUUGUCACUUAGAUACAACUGCUUGGAGCCCAACACACGGUGCAUUCAUGGCUCUUGGGUCUGGUCCGGGUAAGAUUGAAGUGUGUCAUUGGAUCUUUGAGAAUGACAUGACCUGGACUACUACCGACUAAAGCAGCAUUUCCACCAUAGUCAAUAUGUGUUUAAUUCUAUGUCAUGUCAAAUUACUAGUUUUCAUUUCUAGUUUUUAGAAAUAAGUGGUUUUCCAUUUGAAGAAAAUGAAUUAUUUAUCAUCUUACUAUUUGCAUGUUUGGAUUGAAUGUAAGAUUGACAAAAUCAUAAGGUGUCAAUGUGAUGAAAAUCACACGGUAGCAUCAUAAUUUCGUCAAACUUCCAAACAUACAUUAUCAUAUUCUCUUGUGUAGGUGUUUGAUAGUUGGGUUUCUAAUGAAUGGUAACUUAAUAUUAUUAGUGUUUUCACUUGUCAUGAAA